AUGAUAGUCACUUGGAAUGUAAGGGGCAUAAACAAGGAAGCACGACAUCGAGAAAUUGGCUCUUGUCUCUCUAAAUUUAACGUGCCAGUCGUCGCUUUGUUUGAAAGAAGGGUAAAAAAUAAAAAUGCUGAUAACAUUAGGAAGAAAUUCGGCUCUGGUUGGAAUUUUGCAGAUAAUUACAUGCAUCACGACAAUGGAAGGAUGUGGAUUUUGUGGAAGUAUGAUACUGUGCAUAUUAAAAUGCUAGAAAAUGAUGAACAAUACAUUCACACAGAGGUAUGUGAGUUAGACCAGUCUACUCAGUAUGCCGCUACAAUCCUACAUGCGUUUAAUCAACUUGAGAAAAGGAAACUGCUAUGGAAGAAGAUUCAGUCUUAG